CUCUCACGUUGGCCUCAGGAGAGAGAAAGAGAGAAAGAAGAGGAGAGAGAGAUAGAGAAGAAACGACCGCGUCAUUCAGCACCAGAUUUCUUAAAUCGAUGGGAAGGGAAAAGUUGUAGUUAAGAUAGGAAUGCAUGGAUGUAGCUCAGGAACUGCUAUCUUAGUAAAUGCAGAAGUUGAUUCCAUGGGAGGUGUUGUUGACGGUGGAGUUGGAAUUGGUAGCAAACCCUCUCCACGCCGAGCAGCAAUUGAAAAGGCUCAAGCAGAGCUUAGGCAGGAGUAUGAUGUUCGUGAAGAAAGGAGAAGAGAGCUAGAGUUUCUUGAGAAAGGUGGCAAUCCUUUGGAUUUCAAACUUGGACAUGCAGCUUCAGUUAGUGUCCAGUCUACUUCCCUCACAGAUCAGCAUCCUGAACAGAUUGUUACCAGUGAAGCAAAAGGCAGUUUUGCGUUGACUGCCUCACCUCAUGGCGAUUCUGUUGAAAGUAGUGGCAGACCAGGGGGGCCUACAGUUUGUGAACCAAAUAGUGCUGAUAAUCUCUUGCUUUUUGAUGGUGAAAAUGAGAUACUUGAUAGGAACUCCCUACAUCCUAGUAGAAGGAACAACAUUGUUCCAUCAGAACAGUCAUCCCAGGUGGAUGGGAGCCAAAAUGCAAAGGAAUCUGAAGAUUCAGCUAUUUUUCGUCCAUAUGCUCGAAGAAAUAGGUCCAGAUCAAAUCGUGAUGGUGCUCGAUCAAGUUCUGCUGAUAUAGUUCCAUCUCGUGGUGGCCAUGGUUCUUCUUUGCCUGCUCGCCAUGGUUCAAGGGAUGCAAAGGGGUCAAUAUCUGAAACGAACUUCAACAAUCAGAAGGAUCAUAACGUUUCUCCCAUUUCUGAUCCCAAAUCUAUAAGUUCAAAUGGUGACGUGGUAUUUAAGGUUGUAGCUCCUGAGAAUCAGUUGGAUAUGGUGCUGGAUAGUGUGCAGGCUGUGGAAGCAACUAGCAGCCUCACAAAAGGCAGUGUGCCUGAAACUAACUUUGAUACUACAUCGUCCAAGUGGGAUAACCAACAUAUUCAAUCUGUGCAAGUUGACAUUCAGCAAACUCUUACUGACGUAGCAUCUGCAGAUCCUGAUCCAGUUGGAGGAAGGGAACAGGUAGUUUCUGCAGGGCCUGAAUGUCUUCCUUCUGCGGCUACUGUAAAAAGUGAAAAUGAAACAAGUUCUGGUCAGCUGAAUGGUUUUAGCAACCUUAAAAGAGAGAGAAAAAUUUUACCAAAUGAAGGUCAAAAUAGUGGUGCAGCAUUUGGCACAAAGGGUUUAGACUCAGAGUCCUCUUGCACCCAAACUAGCCUUAGCAUAGAUGGAAAUAAUGAUAGUGAUCAGUGUACUGUUCCAAAGAAUGUUGAUUCUAAUGGAAAUCCUAGUGAGCAAAUGUUAGCAUUUGAAGGAACACCAAAUAUUGCAGGUGAUGAAAUGGUUAAAGAAGUGAAUGAGGCUAAGGAUGUUGAUAGUUGUGCUAUUAUCAAUGAUGCUCUUGAUUCUGUGCAUCAAAACCACAAGGGGAAUGGUUCUGUAGUUGUAGUUGAGGAAGAAAUACAUAGAAGUCAAUCUGGCUCACAAAAUGAGGUUAAGCAUCCUUCUAAUAUUCAGGGAAUGGAACAGAAUGACCAUUCUGUGUCAAAUACAGAUAGAAAACCAGGUGAUAUGCCUGGUGAUAAUUCUAAUCCCACCAAAGAAGGUUUGUCCACUGGUAGACCUCAGGGUUCUAUGGGUUCCUCAAUUUGUGAGCUUCCUGAAGCUACUUUGUCCAGGAAGGGCUCCUUUGCUACCCCAGAUCUUCAAACUUGUGCUGGAAACCGCUUGAGAAUCAUGGAUAAGGCACAUGAGGAUUCAAUUUUGGAAGAGGCUCGAAUCAUUGAGGCUAAGCGCAAGAGGAUUGCUGAAUUAUCUGUUGGUGCAUUACCUUUGGAGUAUCACAGAAAAUCUCACUGGGAUUUUGUCCUUGAGGAAAUGGCAUGGUUGGCAAAUGAUUUUGCGCAGGAGCGUUUAUGGAAGAUAACUACUGCUGCUCAAAUCUGUUAUCGCGUUUCUUUUUCUUCUCGGUUGAGAUUUGAGGCACAAAAACAAUGUCAGAAGCAAAAGAAAGUAGCUCAUGCCUUGGCAAAGGCAGUCAUGCAAUUUUGGCAUUCGGCAGAGGUUCUUCUACAUGGUGAUGAUCUAGGUGUUGGUCCAAAAAACUGCAAAUAUGAGUUGGUGGGAUCAAGGAGGAUCGAUGGAAAUGAAGUUCCUGUGGACAAGAUUGGAGAAGCCAAUAUGGAGGCUAGCAAAAACCUGGAGCAUCCUGGAAAAACUGUUCAGGCUUAUGCUGUAAGAUUCUUGAAAUAUAACAACUCCCUUGUUCCUCCUGUCCAAGCAGAAGCGCCGUUGACUCCUGAAAGGCUAUCUGAUUCAGGCAUUGUUGACAUGUUAUGGGAGGAUCGCUUCACUGAAGAAAGCCUCUUUUACACAGUUCCUGCUGGUGCGAUGGAAACCUACAGAAAAUCUAUUGAGUCCCAUAUGGUGCAAUGUGAGAAAACUGGUAGUAGCAUGCAAGAGGAAGUUGAAACAUCUAUGUAUGAUCCUGUAGCAGAGUUUGGAGCUCAAGAGAAUUGCUAUGAUGAGGAUGAAGGAGAAACAAGCACUUAUUAUUUGCCAGGUGGAUUUGAAGGUAGCAAGCCAUCAAAAUAUUCCCAGAAGAAAAAGAAAAACUCAAUAAAGCCGUACAAUGCUAGGCCAUAUGAAAUGGGAUCUGAUUUUCCUUAUGGACACUGCACAAUUGGGGCUCAACAAUCUGCAUUAAUGGGAAAGAGGCCUGCCAAUAGUCUUAAUGUUGGUUCAAUUCCAACAAAACGUGUACGCAGUGCUUCAAGGCCGAGGGGGCUGAGUCCUUUUGGGGCUGGAGUGACUGGUUGUGUGCAGGCUCCAAAUAAAACAGAUGCUUCUAGUGGAGAUACUAGUUCUUUUCAGGAUGAUCAGAGCACUCUACACGGUGGAUCCCAGAUCCAGAAAAGUUUGGAGGUUGAGUCAGUGGUGGACUUUGAAAAGCAGUUACUAUUUGAUUCUGCAGAAGUUUCAACUAAACCUAAAAAGAAGAAGAAGGCAAAACAUCUGGGUUCCACUUAUGAGCAGAGAUGGCAGCUUGAUUCCACUGUUCAUAAUGAACAGAGGGAUCAUUCAAAAAAGAGAUCAGAGGGUCAUCAUUUUGAAUCUAAUGGAAGCAGUGGUUUGUUUGGGCAACAUAAUUCAAAGAAACCGAAGAUAAAGCAUUCAGUAGAUAAUACUUUUGAUAACAUUACUCCAAUGAGCGGGUCAAUUCCUUCUCCAGUGGCGUCCCAAAUGAGUAAUAUGUCCAACCCAAAUAAAAUCAUCAAGAUGAUUGGUGUUCGGGAUCGGGGCAGGAAAGCUAAAGGAUUGAAGUUGCCUGCGGGGCAGCCAGGUUCAGGAAGUCCAUGGUCCGUCUUUGAAGAUCAGGCACUUGUGGUCCUUGUACAUGAUAUGGGCAAUUGGGAGCUUGUAAGUGAUGCUAUCAACAGCACUCUCCAAUUCAAGUGCAUCUUCCGCAAGCCUAAGGAAUGCAAGGAGCGGCACAAAAUUUUAAUGGAUAGGACUGCUGGUGAUGGGGCUGAUAGUGCUGAAGAUUCAGGGUCAUCUCAGCCUUAUCCAUCUACAUUGCCUGGCAUUCCAAAGGGCAGUGCCAGACAGUUGUUUCAACAUUUGCAGGGGCCGAUGCUAGAGGAAACCCUCAAGUCUCACUUUGAGAAAAUCAUUUUGAUUGGGCAGCAGCAUCAUUAUCGAAGGAGUCAGAAUGAUAAUCAGGAACCUAAACAACUAGCACCAGUCCACAGUUCUCACGUUUUUGCGCUUACCCAAGUCUGCCCAAAUAACCUGAAUGGAGGUCCACUAACGCCUCUUGAUCUCUGUGAUGCAACUACAUCAAGCUCAGACAUUAUGUCCCUUGGGUAUCAAGGUUCUCAUAAUAGCGGUUUAGCAAUUUCAAACCAGGGUUCUGUAGCAUCAAUGCUUCCUGCUUCUGGUGCAAAUUCUCCACUUCAAGGGUCUUCCAACGUUGUUCUUGGCAGUAACUUGUCAUCACCAUCUGGUCCACUCAAUCCUUCUGUCAGGGAUAAUAGAUAUUCGGUACAAGAGACAUCUUUACCAGUUGAUGAGCAGCAAAGAAUGCAACAAUAUAAUCCAAUGUUAUCCAGUAGGAACAUUCAGCAACCCAGCUUGCCUGUUCCUGGGACUCUUCAAGGAACUGAUCGUAGUGUUCGCAUGCUAACUGGUGGAAAUGGUGUGGGAGUGGUGUCUGGGCUGAAUAGAAGCAUACCAAUGCCAAGGCCAGGGUUUCAAGGAAUUGCCUCAUCAACUAUGCUGAAUUCUGGAAGUAUGCUUUCCUCCAGUAUGGUCGGAAUGCCAAGCCCUGUAAAUAUGCACUCUGGAGCUAGUCCUAGUCAAGGAAACUCAAUGUUUCGGCCUCGUGAGGCUUUGCAUAUGAUACGGCCUGGUCAUAAUCCUGAACAUCAGAGGCAAAUGAUGGUACCAGAGCAUCAGAUGCAAGUCUCACAGGGAAACAGCCAAGGAGUCCCUGCUUUCAAUGGCAUGGGUUCUGCUUUCUCCAAUCAGACAGUCCCUCCUGUUCAACCAUAUCCGAUCCAUUCCCAGCAGCAACAUCAAAUGUCCUCUCAACAGUCCCAUGUGCUUGGGAACCCUCAUCAUCCUCACCUUCAAGGCCCCAAUCAUACUACUAGCACACAGCAAGCCUAUGCCAUGCGUGUUGCUAAAGAAAGGCAGCUGCAGCAGCAGCAGCGAAUGUUGCACCAGCAGCAACAGUUUGCUUCAUCCAAUAAUUUGAUGCCACAUGUCCAACCCCAGCCUCAACAUCCCAUGUCAUCUUCUGUGCAAAAUAGUUCUCAGAUUCAUUCGCAAACUUCUCAGCCUGUGACGUUGCCACCUCUAACGGCAUCUUCCCCAAUGACACCCAUAUCCUCACAAGAGCAGCAGAAACAUCAUCUGCCACCUCAUGGGCUCAACCGGAACCCUCAAAUAAAUGCCAGUGGGUUGACCAAUCAGAUAGGGAAGCCAAGGCAACGACAGCCACAGCAGCAGUUUCAACAAACUGGCAGGCACCAUCCUCAACAACGACAACAGUCACAAUCUCAACAGCAGGCUAAACUUCUGAAGGGAACGGGAAGAGCGAACAUGUUGAUGCAUCAUAGCCUUUCUGUUGAUCCCUCUCAUCUGAAUGGUCUUUCAAUGGCUCCUGGAAGCCAUGCCACUGAGAAAGGCGAGCAGGUUAUGCAUAUGAUGCAAGGUCAAAGCCUAUAUUCUGGGUCUGGUGUAAACCCAGUUCAACCGGCUAAACCAUUAGUGCCUCAGUCUGCAACCCAGUCCCAGCGCCCAGCACCCACUUCAUCAAAGCAACUUCAGCAGAUGCCUCCUCAUUCUGACAAUAGCAAUCAAGGCCAAGUUCCAGCAGUUCCAUCUGGUCAUGCCACCUUAUCAGCUCCACAUCAAGUGGUUCCACCAUCAGUUAUGACUUCCAACCACCAGCAGCUGCAGAUGCAGCCGUCUCCACACCAUAAACAGGUUAACACUCAACCGCAUGUUCAGAGAAUGCUUCAACCGAACCGUCAAGCAAAUUCUGACCGUGCAAGCAAGUCUCAAACCGAUCAAGCUCAAGCUGAUCCACAGCCUGUGAAUAACACAUCCCAAAUGAGUACAACAGCAGUGUCUCAGGCUGGAAUGGAAUCGUCUACCAUGGUUUCUACUGCCGGUGCUUCUCAAUGGAAAGCACCAGAAUCAUAUAAAGAAUCAUUAUAUGAUUCUGGUAUAACAAAUCCAGCUACACAAGUGGGUUCCAUUGGGAGCCCGUCAAUGACAAGCUCAGCUGGGGGUGAGUCAGUACCUUCCAUCAGUGGGCCUGUCCAAAGACAGUUAUCAGGUAGCUUGCCUCAUGCGCAUAAUGGCGGGUCACAGUGGCAGCAACAACAGCUACAGCAGCCUUCAACACCGCCAUCCCUACUGCAACAACACCAACACCAGCAGCAAGAGCAACAAUCACAACAACAACAAUCACCCCAACAACAGCUGCCACAACAGCAACUCCAGCAGCAGCAGCAUCUGCAACCAGGGCAAGGCAGUAUGUAUAUCAGACCCACUAACUCUAGACUGGAAUGAACAAGCCUUCUGGAUUGAGCAGUUCUCUGAGCAGUAGGUCCUGUCAGGUUGGGUCCACAUGCCUUUGUGGCAGCAGUGUACAGAUGAAGCUGGUCAUUCCACAAGGGCAUUAGUAGAAGAUGGAAAAGAAAGAGGUGGCGAUUUUUAUUUGUAGGGGUUCUGCUAGAGAUAACUGAUGGAAUAUUGGCGGGGCAUAAUUUUUUUGGGGAAUUAUGUAUAUUACCACUGGUCUAGAGAGCCUGGGGAAGAUAGAGACGGAUAUAGAGGUAUGUGUACAGGGGUCUCAUCUCUCCUUUCCUUUCUCUUUUCUUUUCUUUUUUAACAUUUUCUUUUCUUUUCUUUUUUUUUUUCUUUUCCUUUUACCUGGUUCCCCUCCUUGGUGGGGGAGGAGCUUCAUUCCUUUUUUUGCCCCAUUAGAUUAGUGGAUGUAUUAUUACCCUUUUGGAUUUAAGGGGGGAGUGUAGCUCUCAUUGUAUUUGGGCAAAAGAAAAGCCUUUGAAAAUUUUGUGAAUAUAAGGUUUCUGGUGUAUACACUCUUGAUCAAUGAUGCUGCAACAAUCAUCUGUCACUGCCAUGGGCGCUUGUGGAAUUGUUGUAAUUUGUAAGCUGUUUCCCCAA